GCGGGCUACUGCCUUGUGCAGCGAGUCGGAACGGGCAGGGGUGGUUCUGCUAAUCUGCCCCAGACUCACACUGGCCAAUCAGCGGGCAGCACCACCCCAUGCCGAACCCCAGAUGACCGUGGCACGGUGUCACAAGCUCCCCUAGUUCUUGGACCCUGGCAAGCCUGGCAUCACCCAGCCCGCCUGACGACGACUCCUGUUGCACUGCCAUCCACCCUUUCGUAGGCCGCUGCAAACAAUGCUCCCUCCCCCCUCGAGUCUCAACCCGGCCACCCACUCGAUCCAUCCUUCACUCAUGUAGAACCACACCGACGUCACACUCUGCAUCCUGAGGAUCAGAACAAACACACGACCAACCACCAGACGAAGAAGAAUGUCUCCCUCGAUCCGCGCGGCGCUGGCCUACGCCGGCAACCUCGUGUCGCAGGUGCCCCUCCUCGGCGACAUCGCCAACCCCAUCGCGGGCCUGCUCGAGCCAGUCAUCGACGGCGUCAGCCAGGCGAUAGUACCGGCGGCGUCGUCGAACAGCAAGGGCUACAGCGGCGGCUACGUUGGCGACGUCACACCCUACGAGCCCCUGAGCGGCGCCCCCUCGUGCCCCAUCGACGGGCCCCUGAGCUGCCACAACAACACGCCGGUCGCGGGCGACCAGUCGUGCUGCUUCGUCUACCCGGGCGGCCGGAUGCUCCUCACCCAGUUCUGGGACCGCGAGGUGCACGCCGGAGGCGCAGAGGAGGACUGGACGCUACACGGGCUAUGGCCCGACCUCUGCGACGGCUCCUACGACGCGUACUGCAACAUGGCCCCGCACUACAACAACAUCACCGACAUCCUGGCGGCGCACGGGCAGGACGAGCUGCUGGCCUUCAUGGACCGGUACUGGGUCGCCAACAGGGGCAGCAACGCGCACCUGUGGUCGCACGAGUACAACAAGCACGCGACGUGCAUCAACACGCUGAGCCCAAGGUGCUACUCCUCCCCCUCCUCCCCCUCUGGCGACACCACCCCCGCGGUGGGCCGCGAGGUGGUCGACUACUUCUCGCGCGCGGCGGGGCUCUUCCGCAUGCUCGACACGUACACGGCGCUCUCGCUGGCGGGCAUCGAGCCCAGCCCCCGCACGCACUACCCGCUCGAGGACGUGCGGCGCAUCCUGGAGCAGUUCAGCGGCGGGAAGGUGGUGCUGCGGUGCGGGGGCCGCCGGCGCGACGAGCUGCACGAGGCGUGGUACGUGUACUUUGUGCAGGGCAGCCUGCAGACGGGCCAGUUCGUGCCCGCGCAGGACUAUGGGAAGCACGGGGACGCCAACAACUGUGUGCCUUGGGUCAAGUACCUGCCCAAGAUACACAGGAGGUAGGUGGGUGGGUGGUUAAUGGUGUCGAACGUCACUGGGCUGGGUUUUGAUCGCGAUGGGGAUUUUUUGUCUCCGGCUUUGGGUGGGUGUCUGGCGUUGGAUUGGGGGGACUGUCUGGGCUGCUGGGCUGGGUAGUUGGCUUACAUGGUUACAUUGUUACUUGGUUUGGGAUGGAUGCCCGUCGCGGCAGGGUAGAUCAUGAUGGUCUUGGGAGGAUCCAUCUCGAAUCCGAGUCUCGCUCCUUCCACACUGAGGGCUCUGCAUGGCAUGACCUGACUGAUGCCCUUCUCUUUCCAUGUGACUUCGAAGCCGUCGUCGUCGUCACAACUCAACUUGACGUUCACCGCCGUGACCACGGCGGAUGCAGCCACGGGAAUGCUUCGCAACUACGCCACACACCAGGCCGAGGUCCGUCAAAAUUCGACACUGAGAAACCUCC